AACCAAUCACACCAGAGCUUCCACCGACAGCAGAGGGGACGUAACACACCUUCUUUCCCCUCCUGCUUUCCUUCCCCUUCUCUCCCGCCUUCUCCUUAUUCAUACCAGAAGCGCCUCAGCUCUGAUUGGCUGGAGCGCUCUGCUAUCUCAGCCAAUCACAAGCCGGGCUGUGCUCCUACACUAUCCGAAGAGCGAAUCGUGCAGAGACCAUGUCUACGAUUGGUCUCUCCCUGAAAAGGAUUUAAUUUUGAAUUUUUCUUUAUGGCGUGGGAGAGGCCACAGCCCGGACUCCAUCGACUCCCCCGGCUCUUAGACUAAAAUCAUGCCCAAGUUCAAACAACGAAGACGAAAGCUAAAAGUCAAAGCCAAAAGAUUAUUCAAAAAAAAAGAAGCCUCUCACUUGCAGUCCAAGUUAAUUACACCUCCUCCUCCACCACCCUCACCAGAAAGAGUCGUUGUUUCUUCAAUAGAUAUAUCUCAAAGCAGAAGCUGGCUAAGAUCAUCCUGGAACUUCAAAUUUCCUAACAUCAGAGAUGCAAUAAAACUUUGGACAAAUAGAGUAUGGUCUAUAUACAGCUGGUGCCAGAACUGCAUAACCCAGAGUUUAGAAGUAUUGAAAGACACCAUCUUUCCAUCUCGUAUCUGCCACCGAGAACUUUACAGUCUAAAACAACAGUUUUGCAUUUUGGAAAGUAAAUUAUGCAAGCUCCAGGAAGCACUAAAGACUAUCUCAGAAAGUUCUUCCUGUCCAAGCUGUGGUCAAACGUGUCACAUGAGUGGUAAACUUACAAAUGUGCCUGCCUGUGUUCUGAUCACCCCCGGAGACUCCAAAGCUGUGCCUCCUCCCACACUGCCACAGCCAGCCAGCCAUCUUCCUCCUCCUCCUCCUCCACCUCUGCCACCUCCUCCACCACCACCACUAGCACCUGUGUUGCUCAGAAAACCCAGUCUCGCUAAAGCGCUUCAGGCUGGACCAUUAAAAAAAGAUGGACCCAUGCAGAUAACAGUUAAAGAUCUGCUGACUGUAAAAUUAAAGAAGACACAGAGUUUAGAUGAAAGGAGGAAGCUUAUACCAUCGCCGAAAGCACGGAAUCCACUAGUUACUGUCUCUGACUUGCAGCGUGUUACCCUGAAACCUAACUCCAAAGUGUUAUCGACUCGAGUUACAAAUGUCUUAAUCACUCCUGGAAAAAGUCAGAUAGAUCUGCGGAAACUGCUUAGAAAAGUCGAUGUAGAGAGGAGCCCAGGUGGAACCCCUCUUACCAAUAAAGAAAAUAUGGAAACAGGAACAGGACUGACUCCAGUGAUGACACAGGCCUUAAGGAGAAAGUUUCAGCUGGCUCACCCUAGAAGCCCAACUCCAACUCUGCCACUUUCUACAAGCAGCUUUGAUGAACAAAACUGAUGCCAGCUCUGCCUCACUCCAUGAGAUGAUCCAUAACAAAUACAGAUAAAAACACCCAGCCGGGUGCAGUGGCUCACACCUGUAAUCCCAGCACUUUGGGAGGCUGAGGCAGGUGGAUCACCUGAGGUCAGGAGCUCGAGACCAGCCUGGCCAACAUGGUGAAACCCCUUCUCGGCCAGGCACGGUGGCUCACGCCUGUAAUCCCAGCACUUUGGGAGGCCGAGGCGGGCGGAUCACAAGGUCAGGAGAUCGAGACCAUCCUGGCUAACGCGGUGAAACCCCGUCUCUACUAAAAAUACAAAAAAUUAGCUGGGCGUAGUGGCGGGCGCCUGUAGUCCCAGCUACUCAGGAGGCUGAGACAGGAGAAUGGCGUGAACCCGGGAGGCGGAGCUUGCAGUGAGCCGAGGUUGCGUCACUGCACUCCAGCCUGGGCGACAGAGCAAGACUCCGUCUCAAAAGAAAAAAAGAAACCGCUUCUCUACUAAAAAGACAAAAAUUAGCUGGGCGUAGUGCCGGGUGCCUGUAAUCCCAGCUAUGCAGGAGGCUGAGGCAGAAGAAUUGCUUAAACCCAAGAGGCAGAGGUUGCAGUGAGCCAAGAUCGCGUCAUUGCACUCCAGCCUGAGCAACAAGAGCGAAACUCCAUCUCAAAACAAAACAAAACAAAAAAAACCCACCCAAAUCCUUUUUUUAAUGUAGUAGGGUAUAUAUAGAUAUACUAAUAGAAUUCCAUUUGGAGAAUUAGAGUAUGUAUGGAGCCCACACAUACUGUGAUAUAAAGUGGAUACAGAUAUUUGGAUAUUUUCUAGUUUGCAUGAUCAUCAAGAGAACCAGAUGAGAAAAUACAAUCUCCAAAGUGAUGUUUAUCCUGGAAUUACCCAAUUUAGAUUAGAGAGGUUCUUCAAAUUUAACUAGAUAACUAGUUUGUACUGUAUAGGUGCAGUUAUGACAGUAAAAAAAUAGCCUUUUGACUAAUACCUGUAAUCCCAGCACUUUGGGAGGCCAAGGUGGGAGGAUUGCUUGAGCCCAGGAAUUCAAGACUAGCCUGGGCAACAUAACAUAGGGAAACCCCGUCUCUAUUAAAAAUACAAAAAUCAGCCAGCUGUGGUGACACAUGCCUAUAGUCCCAGCUACUUAGGAGGCUGAGAUGGGAGGAUCACUUGAGGCUGUAGUGCACUAUAAUUAUGCCUGUGAAUAGCCACUUUACUCCAGCCUGGGCAACAUAGCAAGACCCCAUCUCUAAAAAUUAAAAAAAAAUUUUAAAUUAGAAUAUCAUUUCUAGCAUCUUAGGUAGGUACUUAUAUCUGGCUUACAGAAGUCUGAGGUAUUCCUUAUUUUUAUAUCUGCUGUCCACAUUUAUACAGCUACAUAAAAAUUUUAUGACAACUUCAAUAUGAACCUUGUGUUUUCGACAAUGCCUUGCCAAGGAAUCUCUGAAGUCCAUAGCAGGUCGCUGUGAGACCUAGUUCCCUGUUGUCACUGACGUAUGUAUUCAAAGACAGUAAUAUAGCCUGGGAAACAUAGCGAGACCCCAUCUCUAUCAAAAAUUUAAAAUUAGCCAGGCAUGGUGACGCACACCUGUAGUCUAAGUGUCCAAGUUACUUGGGAAGCUGAGGUGGGAGGAUCACUUGAGCCCAGGAGUUUGAAGCUAUGGUGAGCUGUGAUUGUUCCACUAUACUCCAGCAUUGGCAACAGAGCAAGAACUCAUCUCUAAAAAAUAAAAAGCAACUCCCCAGAAAGACUGUAUUUCUACAGAUAAAUAUUGCAUUGAGAUGCCAAAUAGAGUGUUGUUGUGAAGUCACCAGACUAGAAAGCAGACCUGGGGACAGUGUUUACCACCUAAGAGGCAGUCCUGCUUUUGAGACCCACAUCUAUAUAGAGAGAUUUUUGUUUGUUUGUUUGUUUGUUUUGUUUUGAGAUGAAGUCUCACUCUGUCACCCAGGCUGGAGUACCGUGGCGCACUGCAACCUCCACCUCCUGGGUUCAAACAAUUCUCCUGCCUCAGCCUCCUGAGUAGCUGGGAUUACAGGUGUGCACUGCCACGCCUGACUAAUUUUUGUAUUUCUAGUAGAGAUGGGGUUUCACUAUGUUGGCCAGGUUAGUCUUGAACUCCUCACCUCAGGUGAUCCACCCAUCUCAGCCUCCCAAAGUGCUAAGAUUACAGGUGUGAGCCACCACGCCCGGCCAGAGAUCCACAUCUAUAUUUAUAACACAUUUAUGGAUGAAAAUUAAACAAGUGUCCGAGUGCAGUGGCUCAUGCCUGUAAUCCGAGCACUUGUGGAGGCCAAGGCAGGCGGAUCACUUGAGGUCAGGACUUCGAAACCAGUCUGGCCAACAUGGUGAAAUCCCAUCUCUACUGAAAAUACAAAAUUAGCCAGUAUGGUGUCAUGCACCUGUAGUCCCAGUUACUUGGGAGGCUGAGGCCAGAGAAUCGCUUGAACCUGGGAGGCAGAGGUUGCAGUGAGCUGAUAUUGCAACACUGCCACUCCAGCCUGGGUGACAGAGCAAGAGACCCUGUCUCAAAAAAAAAAAAAAAAAAAAUUAAAUAGGUAGUGACAUUAAGAGAUAUAUAUAUCAGCUUCUAGUAAAAGUUUUUUUUUUUAAACCUGCUAGCUACAUUUACAUUAUCUAAAAAUAAAAGGAAUAAUCACUGAGAAUAAAGCAGUUGCGUAUUUAUAACAAUAUUUUAUGGGGCACUUACAAUGUUUAUAAUAUUGUAAACCACUGUGUACUCUAUUCAUUUAAUGCUAAAUGACUUGACCAUUCUUGUGGGAUAAGAGAUCAUAAAAAAAAUGCUAGGGCUGGGCACCAUGGCUCACAUCUGUAAUCCCAGGACUUUAGGAGGCCAAGGCAGGUGGAUGACUUGAGCUCAGGAGUUUGAGGCCAGCCUGGGCAACAUGAUGAAAACUCCGUCUCUACCAAAAAUCAAAAAAAUUAGCCAGGUGUGAUGAUGUGUGCCUGUAGUCCCAGCUACUUGUGAGGCUGAGGUGGGAGGAUGGUUUGGGCCUGGGAAGUAGAGGUUGCAGUGAGUUGAGAUCAUGCCACUGUAUUCCAUCCUGGGCAACAGAGCCAGACCCUGUCUUAAAAAAAAUAAAAAUUAAAAAAUUAAAAAAGGCUGGGCACGGUGGCUCGUGCCUGUAAUCCCAGCACUUUGGGAGGCUGAAGUGGGCAAAUCACUUGAGGUCAGAUGUUUGAGACCAGCCUGGCCAACAUGGUAAAACCCCAUCUCUACCGAAAAUAAAAAUAAAAAUUAUCCAGGCAUGGUGGCAUGUGCCGAUAGUCCCAGCUACUCAGGAAGCUAAAGCACGAGAAUUACGUGCAUCCUGGAGGUGGAGGUUACAGUGAGCCAAGAUCACACCACUCCACUCCAGUCUGGACAACAGAGUGAGACCCUGUGUCAAAAAAAGAAAAAAAAAAUGCUUUAUGGCCCAGUGCAGUGGCUCACACCUAUAAUCCUAGCACUUUGGGAGGCUAAGGUGGGAGGAUCGCUUGAGGCCAAGAGUUCAAAACAAGCCUGGGCAACAUUGCAAGACCCCAUCUCUACAAAAAACAAAAAAUUAGCCGGGAGUGGUGAUGUGUGCCUGUAGUCUCAGCUACUCAGGAGACUGAGGUGGGAGAAUCACUUGAGCCCAGGAAGUUGAGGCUGCAGUGAGCCGUGUUUAUACCACUGCCCUCCAGCCUGCUGGGUAACAGAGCAAGACUCCAUCUGAAAAAGGAAAGAAAAAAUGCUUUGCUACACAAUGAGGCCAGGCAAAAAAUAAAGUCCUAUGGAAAUCAUAUAGAUAAACAUUUGCAAAGCUGCUACUGCCAUUGUACCAGUUUGUUAAAAUGUGUUCUACCUUGCAUCUUUUAUUGAUUUUUAUGACAGAUUUUAUAUUGUAACCAUUUGAGAACUCUGUAAAUGCUAUGGCUUCCUUAAACUAUGAUUUAUCAUAUGCUGCCGGUGUUUACUUUGAGACUGAAUGGCAACCAGAGAAUGUAAACAACCAAGGUGCAUCUGGUUAUGUUUUAAAACAAAGAUUAAUAAAAGUUUUGGUUUUUCUCUUUCUAA